AUGAAGACUGGCUUGAGAAGAAGUUCUCGGGUACUCUGUCUAAUCCUUGCAAUUGUUGGGCUUAUUAGAUGUGACAAUGAGGUCAUAAAUGGCAACGCUUCUUCUAGUCCUAGUCAAGCCAGCAAUGCCACAUUUCUAACUUUUCCUAGUCAAGUAAUAAAUGAAGUAGUAAAAGAAAAACACAACAGCUCCUACAACAAUAAUAAUAAAGUCCACGUCAAGAGUACUAGUUGGUAUUAUGGAGGAAGUGGAGGCGGAGGAGGUGGAGGUGGAAGUGGUGGAGGGUGGAAAUGUGGUAAAAGGAAGGGAGGUGGAAGAGGAGUACAUCAUUAUCAAUAUAAACCAUAUAAUAAGAAAGGGAUGUUAGAUGAGAAAGAAUAUAGGGUGGGGGAGUAUGCAGAAUGA